AUGUCCUAUAACGUCCUUACUGGUUCACUUCCUUCUUCCCUGUUUAACCUGUCUUCUUUAUGUACUUUUUCUGUGCACAAAAAUUACCUUUCUGGAAGUUUUCUUGAUGUUGAUCUCUGCCAUUCUUGGCCUAGACUUCAAUUCCUUUCUCUUACUGACAACAAAUUCACUGGCCAGCUUCCUUACCUCAGCAAUUGUACAGAGCUUGUCAUAUUGUCUUUAUCACAAAACAAGUUUGUGGGAAAAAUUCCAGUAGAUAUUGGCAACUUCAAAAACCUUGAAGAACUUUAUCUUGAUUUUAAUGGCCUCACUGGUACUAUACCUCCUACCAUAGGUAACUUGUCCAGCUUGAAAUCCUUGGGUUUAACGCAGAAUAACGUUAAGGGAAGCAUACCUCGUGAUUUAGGACGUCUUUCUAGAUUGGUCAAAUUUUUGAUUCGUAGGAAUGGCCUAAGCGGACCAGUGCCUCCAGAAAUAUUCAAUAUCUCUUCUCUGCAAGUUAUUGAAGCAUCCGAUAAUGCCCUUUCAGGAAAGUUUCCUUCCUCUUCUGCAGUUCGGCUUCCUAGCAUUGAAUUCAUCUCUUUUGCUAACAAUAAAAUUACUGGACAUGUCCCAUCCUAUUUUGCAAAUUUUACAAAGCUCCAUUCAUUUCAGGUUAAAAACAACUCUCUCUACGGACCAAUUCCCAAGAAUUUUGAAUUAGUUCUGUCUGAGAAUCCUUUAAAUGGCACCAUACCAAACUCCUUUGGAAAUUCUUCUUCUCCUCUCCAGUUGUUUUGCAUAGACAAGUGCCAGAUUAAGGGCCACAUACCCAAGGGAAUUGGUUCUUUGAAAAGCUUGACGCGCCUUUGUUGGGCUAACAACAAUCUGAGUGGAAAUAUACCAGAGUCAAUUGGAGGUUUGGAGAGGCUGCAAAGAUUGAAUCUUGGCAACAACAGUAUAGAAGGUUCUAUUCCCGACGAGCUUUGUCUUUUGAGGAACCUGGGGGAACUAUCACUACAAAAUAAUAAAAUCUCUGAAUCAAUCCCAACUUGCAUAGGAAACCUCAUCCACCUUCAGAGUGUUUUCCUAAGUUCCAAGAGAUUGACAUCAUCAGUACCAUUGGGUUUAUGGGACCUUGAAAAUCUCCUGUUCCUAGAUCUGUCAAUCAAUUCUUUUUAUGGGAACUUACCUCCAAGGUUGAGCAAGUUGAAUGCUAUUCAAGAGAUAGAUUUAUCUCAAAACCAAUUUACCGGAAACAUUUCAAGCACCAUAGGCAGUUUGCAAACUCUGAGCUCUCUUAAUCUGUCACACAACUUCUUUACAGGUUCUGUUCCACAAACUUUUUGUGAUCAGCUGAAAGGGUUGGAAUUGUUGGACUUAUCAUUCAAUAAUCUUUCUGGUGCAAUACCAAAGUGUCUUGAGAAACUCAAAUUUCUCAAUUACUUAAAUCUCUCGUUCAACUACCUGUCCGGAGAGGUCCCUUCUGGAGGACGUUUCCUCAACUUCAGUGCCCAGUCAUUUUUGGAGAAUAAAGUACUAUGUGGGAGACGAGAGUUUGGAGUCCCACCUUGCACGACUCAUAGGACGCAAAAAUCAAAAGUGGCCACUCGUUUGCUGGCCAAAUAUGUUCUUCCAGCCAUUGCAUCAACACUGAUUCUCAUAGCCCUCUGUUACAUGUUGACAAGGUAUGGAGAAAGAAAGAGAGGCAAGACUUCGAGUUCAGCUGAACAGUUAACAACAGUGGAGCAUAUUGUGAUAUCAUAUCAAGAACUCCGUCAGGCUACAAAUGACUUUUGUGAAAGAAACUUGCUUGGAGUGGGAAGUUUUGGCUCGGUGUACAAGGGGAUACUGUCUAAUGGGAUAACCAUUGCUGUCAAAGUUCUUAAGCUGGAAAUGGAGGGUGCUGUAAAAAGUUUUGAUGCAGAAUGCAAGGUGUGGAGAACAAACCGGCAUAGGAAUCUUGUUAAGGUCAUAACUACAUGUUCUAGCCCUGAAAUAAGAGCUUUGGUGCUGCAGUACAUGUCUAAUGGCAGUCUUGAGAAGUGGUUAUACUCUCACAACUACUGUCUCAGUAUCCUGCAAAGAGUGAGCAUGUUAAUCGAUAUUGCAUCUGCUUUGGAAUAUCUCCAUCAUGGUCAUGCAGAAACCGUGGUGCACUGUGAUGUGAAGCCUGGCAAUGUCCUUCUUGAUGAAGACAUGGUUGCACAUCUUGCAGACUUCGGUCUCGCAAAAAUUUUAGCAAAAAAUAAAGACGCAACACAGACAAGAACCAUCGGUACUGUGGGUUAUGCAGCGCCAGAGUAUGGUUCUGCAGGAAAAGUGUCCAGAAGUGGUGAUGUUUAUAGCUUCGGGAUAAUGUUGCUGGAAAUAAUGGCGAGAAAGAAACCUACUGAUGAAAUGUUUGCUGGAGAAGUGACUUUGAGGCAAUGGGUAAAUGUGUCUAUCCCUGAUAAUGUUCUAGAAGUGGUGGAUGCUGGCUUAUUGAGCUUAGAAGAGGGAAGAGACAUGUUUGCCACAGAAUCUAUCCUUAUGUUCAUCCUCGAAAUAGGCUUGAGGUGUUCCGAAGAAGUAGCAGAGGAUAGAAUGGACAUCAAGGAUGUGGUGCCCAAGCUCAAGAAAAUAAAAGUGGCACUACAAGAAUGAGACAGCUGAGGUGUUUAACAUCCAUCCUUUAGCCUUGGGCCCUGGGCUUUUUCUAUUUGCAUAGCGCUGUUAUUUCUCAGUUUUCAG